UCGAAGCGUCCAACCAUGGAAAAUAUAUCUGCUCUAACGAAGGCGGAAGAGGAUAUGAAAUACGCAACGAGAUUCGUAAAACCAAUUUUAGGCAUAGUUGGUGCGUGGCCUGUUUCAUCUUCCUCCUCUUCCUUCUCGAAAAUUUUAGCAAAAAUAGAACACAUCCUGACGUAUUUCUUGUUUCUCUUACUAAUGGUGCCGACCCUUAUGCACGUGUUUCUGAAAGAGACAAAUAACAAAAUUAGACUGAAGCUCAUGGGACCGAUUAUCAACUGCAGCAUGCAAUUUUGCGCAUAUACAAUCCUUUUGUGUCAAGCGAGUGAGAUCCAAAAUGGUUUGAACGUGAUAAAGCAAGAUUUGAUAACAGCCACGGAAGAGAACCGAUUGAUUUUCCGCUCGAAAGCGAAGAUCGCGAGAAGAGUAGUGUUAACCGUUGCCAUUACCAUGUACGGAGGUGGUUUAUGCUAUAGGACUGUUCUUCCUAUUCUUAAAGGAACUAUCGUCACUCCUGGCAAUAUUACUAUAAGACCAUUGCCCUGCCCGAGUUAUUUCCUAAUUCUCGACGAACAAAAGUCUCCAAAUUACGAAAUAUUGUUUGUACUGCAAGUUAUGGCUGGAUUUGUUAUUUACGCAGUUAUUAGUGGUUCCUGCGGUCUUUCUGCUCUUUUUGUUCUGCAUGCGUGUAGCAUGCAGAGGAUCUUGGUGGACAAGAUGAAGGCUCUGGUGGAUAUGAGGGACAUGUCUGACACGAUGGUCCAACGGAGGAUCAUGGAUAUCGUUGAACAUCAGACAAAGAUAAAAGGAUUUUUAAAGAACAUUGAAACGAUUACACAGUACGUUUGUUUGUCCGAAAUGAUUUGCGGCACCAGCCUGGUUUGUCUUGUAGGAUAUUAUAUCGUCAUGGAGUGGGAGAAUAAUAAUGCCACUGCGGUUUUGAUUUAUAGCACGAUACAAAUAUCGUGUACCUUUUCUGUCUUUAUUCUCUGUUACAUUGGCCAACUUCUCGUAGACGAAAACCACAUUGUUGGACAGGCAUCAUACAUGAUCAACUGGUAUUACCUCUCGAGGAAGCAUAUGCGUUCUUUAAUACUAAUUAUCGCUAUGUCUAAUUACCCAAUGAAAUUGAUGGCUGGUAAGAUGGUCGAAAUGUCUCUAGCUACGUUUACUGACGUCAUGAAAAUGUCAAUGGGAUAUUUAAACAUUCUACGGAACGUCAUCUAGAGAUCUUAUUACGAUACUCAUGAUACAUCCGCAAGAAAUACUAUACAUAUAUUCCCAAAAAUUACGAAGGAACGUAUCUUCGACAGUAACACUGUUCUAGUUUUGGAAUAAAUAUUAAUCAGAGGUUCAAUCACGUAUUCUUGUCUCUUCAUCCUCACACGAUAGAUACAUUUUUUCACGCCAUAUUCGAUCGAAAUUUCGCUCGAGGUUUCAUGGACAUCCAAAAAGUCAUUUACCGUGGCAUUGAAAAGAACAAAUAUUCUUUAACCGUAUCCAUGAGUGAAGUAUCCAUGAACUAUGUUUCCAAGAUCGAAACAACGCUUAGUUCACAACCUCCUACAGUGCACUGUAAAAUACGGUAAUUAUAUGUUUGUCCCUCGUCGUAUGAUUUCCUGUAACGUUUUCGCAAAAAUAUCCAUUUCGAAACUUGUCAUUGUCGAUAAGUGCGGCCCAGCAACGAAACGCGUGGGACCAAGCAAAACUUUUCCAUUCGACCAGUUGUCAAUGGGACUCAACACAUCAGCCCCCGAUGUCCGACGAUGAACGCGGUAAAGCUCAUGGUCGUGGAGAAAUCUCGCAAUCCAAAUUACAAAGACGAUCUGAAUUUCCAUGUACGAUACAACGUGUGGACAUUUAGAACG